GUGACAGCUGGCAAGAGGAGUUGGAUGCCUACCGACCCCGGCGAGAGAGAAGCCAACCCCCAGCUCAGCUACAGGCAAAGGCAGCGGAGAUGAACUUGCUACGUGGGCUACUCUAGAUCCCAUAUCUGACGGAUCAGGGAUUGUCCUUUUCUCCCGAGCUAGACCCCAGCCUGUGGGUUGUCAAGGGAGCUCAUCGGGGAAGGCACAAUGUCCUGUUUCCCACUCUAUACUCUGCUGGUGCUACUCCUUCAGGGAUUGCUGUCUACCACUCAUGCCUGCCCCCCACAGUGUGUCUGUGAGACUCGCCCAUGGUUCACCCCACAGUCUGUAUACCAUGAGGCCCGCACAGUGGACUGCAAUGACCUGCUGCUGACCCAAGUGCCAGGUAAUCUCUCCUUGGACACCCAGGUUCUUCUACUGCAGAGCAAUAAAAUAUCCAAAGUUGGCAGGGAGCUCCAGCAUUUGUUCAACUUGACCGAGCUUGACCUCUCCCAAAACCACUUCUCCAGAAUCAUCGAUGCCGGGUUAGCUAACCUCUCACGCCUCAUUACUCUUUACUUAGAGGAGAACCAGGUGGAGGAGCUGCCUGACCAUUGCUUGGGUGACCUCACAUCACUCGAGGAACUUUACAUAAACCACAACUACAUCUCCUGCAUUGAGCCAUUGGCAUUUGCUGGUUUGACCGGCCUGCUCCGGCUACACCUCAACGCCAAUCAUCUCCAUGCCAUCGACCACCGCUGGUUCCUCACUCUCCCAAAUUUGGAGAUCCUUAUGAUCGGAGAGAACCCCAUCUCCCAGCUAGAAGGUGGCAGCUUCCAACCCCUGGGACGGCUUCACAGCCUCGUCUUGGCUGGGAUGGAGCUAAGAGAAGUACCCUCUGAUGCAUUCCAAGGUCUGGAUUACCUGGAGAGUUUGUCCUUUUAUGAUAACCAUCUUCCACAUGUCCCUACCAAGGCACUGAAGGGCCUGCCUCUCCUGAAGUUCUUGGAUCUCAACAAGAACCCUAUUGCAGAAGUUCAGACAGGGGACUUCAAGGAUAUGCUGCACUUGGAAGAGCUGAGCCUCAACAGCAUGGAGGAACUCACGGGCAUCCAGAAAGGCGCUUUUGAGAAUCUUCCAGAGUUGGCCAAGCUCGAGCUGUGCAACAACCCACGUCUCUCCUAUUUGCAUCCAGGUGCCUUCCAGGAGGUGCCAGCUCUUCGCACUCUGCUAGCUAGCAAUGCAGCCUUCAGUCUCCUCCCCCUAGGUCUGACUGGUGCCUUGCCAGCUUUGGCUGAGCUCAGUCUCUUUGGAAACCCACUGCGCUGUGAUUGCCCAGAAGCCUGGGAACCCUUAGCCAUGGGACAUGUCCGGCUGAUCGAGUCCCAAACCACUCUCUGCACCGCGCCUUCUGAAGCUGCUGGGCAACAGCUCCAAGAGGCUCUGAAAAGCAUAAUGGGAGGAGCUUGCUUGCCAGAAAUCUCCUCCAAGAUUCUCCCAGAGUGGAUGGAGGUUUCAGCCGGCUCAACAGUAGCUUUGGAUUGCCAAGCCAGCUCGGAACCACCACCACAGUUCCACUGGAUAACACCGUCUGGGGAAAAAGUGACCACAGGGCUGGGGAGGUUGCAUCUGAGGGUAGGUGGAACCUUAGAGAUCAGCACAACUAACCCCGCAGACUCAGGAAUCUACACAUGUAUGGCAUGGAAUGGGCUGGGUUCUACCAGCCACAGAGUGGUCCUUGCUGUGUAUGAAGAAAGACCCAUUGCUCCUACCAGGUUGCUAGUCCUUGCUAAGAAGGUACAGUCACAUUUUGUGGUGGUGGAAUGGACGACAUCUUUUACAGAGGAGCGGGAAAAUGAGAGGAGCAGUGAGUCAGCCACACCGCACUCACCUCCUCCUCUACCACCAUGGUCGUCGGCCACCAUGCGCAUCCAUAAUCCCCACCUAAGCUACACAGCACGGGUUCCUGUGGGUAUAAGGGAGUUCAACCUCACGCACCUGCAGCCUGCCACCCAUUAUGAGAUUUGUCUUACUGUUGUGUCCUCCAUUCCCAAAUCCUUAGCUGCUGCUGGUUACGCUGAUAUUCCCCCAUCCUUAGCAACCUUCACAAGCUCUUCAACAUCUUCUGUGAGUUCUUCAGAAGCGGCCUUAGCAACCACAGGUGCUUCUGCAUCUUCUCCAGGUUCCUUGGCAACCUCCAAAGGCUCUUCAGCAUCUUCUCUGGGUCACCUAGCAACUGUGGUUUCUUUAUCAACGUCCACAGGAUCCUUGGCUCCCCCAACAGGCCCCCUGGCAACCUCCACCAUUACUCCACCCCUUUGGCAACUGCCUCGCACUCAGCGCUCUUGCCUCAAUGUCACCACCAAGGAGGCCUCACUGUCUGUGGAGUUGAUGGGAGGUUGGGCUGGAGGGGCAGCCCUGGCUGCAGUCACUGGUUCCUUGCUGGCAGCCCUGAGCGCCGUGCUCCUGCUUCUCUGUGCCUCGCGGCGACUCAAGGAAAAAGGCUGCCGCCAUUCACUCAAGAAAUACAUGCAGCAUGCGGCCGCCAUUCCCCUCAAUGAAGUCUACCCUCCCCUGAUCAGCUUGUGGGAUGCUGAGGGGGACCCACCCAUGCCAAUGGCUCCGCUUGCGCCUCUGGCUCCAUCCACACCAACUCCUCCCCCUCCAGCCAUAGUAGGAGGGCACACGCUUCUGCUGCCACCCCCACCUGGCCAAAUUGACACUUCCAAGACCUAUCUGUGGCAACAGCCAUGAGUAUAAUAGGAGGCGGGGAGGCAUGCACACCUCUUAAUCCAGCCCUUGGCAGGAGACCUCCCUUCCUCGUGGAUUUUAGGAUGUAAAGUGUGGGGCUUUCCAAUCCACGUCCUUCCUUCUCACCUUUCCUUCUUGCACACGCACACCUUUACACCACCUCUAG